GCGUGCACUUUUCUAGCGUAAGAAUCAGAUCUGUUGAAGUCAACUUUAUGUGAAUUCGUAGAGUUCCGUCACCCAGUCACGAUACGGAGAGUGGGGCUUGCCGGCUUCUUCAGGAUUAUUUUCUCUGAUCACACUCACAACACUUCGUGUUGACUCCGUGUGCGUGAUCGGCACGUCGAGGUUGGCCAUCCAUUUCCCCCUGAAGACUGAAGUCUCGUUGUCCGUUCGAUGAGGUUUGAGAACGCUCGGGCGUGCGGGCACGCAAAGCAGAAAAGGAACAAGUCUUUGGAACAUCCAAACACCCAUCUUCACAUUUUUUGCAAGUCGGUUAUCUUCACAACCCCCUGGACUGAGAGAGGGGAAAACUGACGAAUUCCGGAUUCAAACCACAGCAAUUCGGCUAGCCGCAAUUAGGAGCUCCUGUGAGCUGAACGAUGAUGGUCAGCGGUUCGACUGCGACAUGGUUGCAAUACCCGUGGUUGAUUCCUCAGGUUCACGGGAAGGGAUCUGAUGGUGGAGGGGUGGGUACUGGCUCUGAUCCGUAUGUGAGCGGAAGCUGCGCCACAGAAGGAAUUGUCGCUGCAGAUCGUAGCAAUUGGCGCAUGCCGCCGCCUUCUGGCCAACUGCCGGUCGGCGCACCUGAACCGGCAGCAGAGACGACUGUGCCCAUGCGGCGGAGAGUGCGCGGUCGCUUUUGCUAUGGUGACCACGAAGGAGGGGUGCUGUUGGAUCGAGCAGCAGCAGCAGAGAUAGAAGCCGAGGAGGAGCUGUGUGCUCUUGGAAAUGACAAUCACAAGUGGAUGCGUAACCGCGACUACUUCUCCUCCUCCGGUGCCUCGUCCGCACACAGCAGUGGCGGUUCCCUUGUCAAUCAUAGCAAAGGAGUCCGGAAGAGAAGGAGAGAGGAGGAGGAGGAAGUAGUCAGUCUGGGUGGUGAGAUAGGAGGAGGAGGAGAUCCCUACAUUGUCUCAGAUCCCAUUGAUGGACAAUCGAAAGAGGGCAUCGAUACCAUCGCCUCCGCUGUUGCUCCUCCUGUGGCUUCUUCUGAAUCUGUUGACAUCAGCAGCUUGCCGGGUGCUGGGGCUAUUAUUCCAUUAUUACCAGCGGCAGCAUCAACUGCUUCUCGCUAUUCUCUUGCUGCAGGCUGGAGUGAGAGAGUUUACCCGAACUUAGUCUCAGUAGAACAACUCCGUGCUCUCUGUCAGCAAGAGCGGGCAAGAAGGGAAGUAGAGACUUUUGCUGGAGCGAGCUCAUCGCAGUCUUUGGUUCUCAGUUCUAACAGCACGUUUGGGCCGUUGACUGCUGCGGCAUCGAUCAUUCCUCUUCCGGGUCCGGCUUGUGCCAGCAGCGGCGGAGGCGUUAGGAUAGAAGAGGUGUUUGACGAAGCUGAGGAACGCAAUUGUGGAGAGCACAACGACCGGUCGUCUGCAAUUGGGCUUGGUCCACUGAAUAAUGAGCCACAGGAGGAGGUUGUGGUUGAACCGAUUGACGUCGACGGACAACCAGCUGCUGACAAUAUGGUUGGAGACUUUGCACAUCGGGUGCAGUCCGGUAGUGAAGUUAUCCCACCAACUGCGUACAAAAUGUUUGGCGUUGUGUUCCCCGGAAAAAGCUCUGUGCUUGAUGCCACACGAUUUGUGCAGGUGGAUCAGGCACAUUGGGUACUGGACCUCAACAGCUUAGUGGGACCGGCGUACGAGCAGAUCAUAGAGAUAUGUAUCUUUCUCCCGAAUGGGACUCUUCUUCCUGCCGAUGCAGCUCUGGCAGUUUAUGUGAAAGCCCCCGGGUCCUCCUGGGAAUACCGCGGGGCCGUUUCGAAUGCCCGCCCUUCUGCAGUUCUUCCAUUGUCCUGGCCCCGACCGACCGCUCCGGUGCCACACCUCACUGCACCAGGAGUACCGCUAUCGGGCCAAAUCGGCAUUUCUGUGGACCCGCUCAGUGGCCUACCGUCUAUGGAUGUCGGCAACCAAAAGAAAGGAGAGGAAUUUGCACGAACGGUGGCUGAGAAUCUUUUCAAUUUCAUGCAGUCCUGUUGCAAAAGCAGUGACAAGGUUGUGGCCUCUACUGAUGUAGUCGAUCGCUGGUUCAUCAGGUUCCAGGAGAAAUUGCGCCGGGAUCCAGAGUGCAUCUUGCGCAUGGCGGCAGGAGUGUGAUAGGAAAGUCGAGGGGUAGAACGAAGUGAGCAAGCGUUCGAAUACUCUGCUGAGUCAUCCUAAAGUCAUGCACGCGCUGUUCGAUGAUCGUUCAGCCAUCCUCGUCCCACUCAACGAGGGUCUCUUGUGGGUUCGCAUUGUCACAUGGCGGCAGCAGGAGUGUGCGAUAAGGAAAUCCCGAAGUAGCGAAUUGAGCGAUUCGAAUGCUCUUCUGAGUCGUCCUACAGUCGUGAGUCGUUUGUCCAUCGUUACCGUCCCAUUCUACGACGAUGUUCUCUCAUUGGAUCGCAUUUUCGAUCGGAGAGUAAUCUCACAGGGAGUAAGCACCUUGUGAAUUAACUCGUAGAGAGUGUUCGCGAAAGUCUGUCGGGCUCAUAUGUACGAAGUACUACAAAUCUAUAUUAGGUGCUGUCUAAAUGGGGUGGCUCCUUCGUGCUGUUUGAUCUAUCCUUGCUGGGCGGAAGUAUGUCGCCUCAGUUCAAUUUUGACAGGCUAAUGUUCAUUACAUGGGGGGAAGCACACAGUGAGAGAGAGAGAGAGAGAGAGAGAGAGAGAGAGAGAGAGAGAGAGAGAUUGGUUUGGUCAUGCAGGCAGGGAAGAGAACGGGGAAAGGAGAAAAAAAUGUCAUCGUUAGCAGGCGGAGAGGGAGAGAGAGAGAGAGAGAGAGAGAGAGAGAGAGAGAGAGAGAAGCGUACGGAGGGAGGGAUGUGUGUUCCACCACCUCCCAUUGUCGCUGGUGUCUAGUCUACCUUGAACUGGAUUGUUUUCUUGUCUCUUUGUCAGUUAAAGCGAAGAUUAGCCAGCCAGAGUGUGGAAAUGUGUGUGCCGAUGUUCAGACUGGAUGGGUGGUAUUUGCUCGGACUUCUUUUCAUGGCCAUGAGUCUACUGGCCUGUGUCUUGUAAUGUGAUUUUGAAUGUGUGAUUCGUUUUCUAACGGUCGUCUUCAGUAUCUCUGGGGUGCUGAGAAGAUAGAGGGUAAUUGCUUCGUGGUGAAGUGUAGCCUAAUCUGUGAGUACUAGCUGAUCACUAACUGUUUGCCUCCGUCAAGCAGGCAGGCUGGAAAGGAGAGACCCUUACAAACGCAGACUGGGGGGGUGGUGUAGCCAGGGGAUAGAACACUUCACUUAAGAAAUUAGGACUUAGGAAGCAAGGACUCAUCCUGUACAGCAGGCAGUUUGCAUCCACACUGUUGUGUAGGAUCAAGUUUGGUCACUGUUGCUUUAGCUUCCCUGUGGCUUUAGCUUCCUUGCAGACACUUGUGGUACACUUCGGGUUCACCGGUUUAGGUAGUUGGCUUGGGCGUUCUGGCUGGUUGCGGAAGAAUCUGCGCUUUCCAGCUCGCGCCUGGUGUUAGGAGCCGGGGUACUGCUCCCGGUCAUGAGUUGAGCUGGGUAGAAGGCUGGAAUCCACUAAGGACAAUCCAACCCACAACCCUUAGCGUCCCAUACUGAGAAGGUGUAUAUAUGUGAGGAAAAUUGAGAGGAAAAAUAAAUAGCUGUCCUCCGAUGAGGAGAAGACAGCUUAAAAAAAAAAUGCAGACACAUGCAGUCAUGCGUUUUUGUAGAGUUAGUGUAUCAAGCAUUUCAAUACAGACACACGAGAGAGAGAGAGAGAGAGAGAGAGAGAGAGAGAGUAGGUUGUUUUCAAUUGCAGAGAGUAGGUUGUUUUCAAUUGCAGAAAGGGGUGUUUGUCCUUCAGUUCUCCACUUUCCUGCCACAGUGUAUGGGAUGCAGUUAUUCAUUGCUUCAUCAUUCCCAAAGCAAUAUAGAUGUUGGCUUUUAAACAGUCCUGUCCAGUGUUCCUUAGUCCUCAUCCGAGAUGGGGAUGGGUGGUCGUCUCCGUGGAAAGACUGCAUCCUAUGGCUGAUUCAUUAUGUCGGCUCUGGCUCGAACGGGCCGUUGUGGGAGGUAGUAUGCGGUUUAUAGCCUCUUUUUCUUCCGUAAUGCUACUUCAGCCUACAGGAACG